UUGGAUUUUAUUACCAUGAUGAAAUUACACAAGCUUCACCUCUCUCUCUCUUUGCCUGCCGUGCAGCUUCUCACUCUCUCCCCUUCUUUUUGGCUGCCUCCGCACACUCCCUCCCUGCUCGCUCUGCAGCCGGGGUGGGAGAGGCAGGGAUACAGGUAGGACAGGCAGCCCUGGGCUCCCUCCCAGCCCCGGGGUCCCUCGGCUGGGAUCCCCUGGGCUGCAUCAUUGGCAUGCGGCGCCCGGCAGGACUGCAUCACUGCUAGAGGAGAUGCCAGCGCAGAGCCGCGCUGCGCCGCACACCGCGCUGCGCUGCGCAGGCAGCAGCACCGCCGGCAGCUUGGGCUGCCCAAGUACCUGGAUGCAGUCGCAGCGGGAUGAUCGGCUUGGCUUGCAGAGCAUUUACUUCUAAUCUCCGGCUCGUGACAUCCUAGCAGAAAGGGGCAACCCUUUCAGGAGCAGCUCCACGGGCAAGAAAGAGGGGAAAUGGCUGAUGAACGGCUGUGAUGAAAUAUUUCCUAGUUCUGGAUCCUUGCCAAGAACCCAUCCUUGCCAUCUGUCCAGUAAAAUGAUGAUACUGCUCAGCUCUUCUGGAUGUUGAAUUGUGUGGCUGCAGCAGUAAUGUUAAUGUUAGCAAAAAAAGAAUAAUCAGAGCCCUGUGGAUGAAAAGCCCUUCUCUGCCUCACAGCACAGAGGACAUGACUUUCACCGCCACAAUGAAUCAGGACAAACCUGUGAAAUCCUCCUAGCUCUCUGGCUGUGAAAUUUGCUGUUCCCUUGCUGUUCACCAGAGCGUAGCUCUUCUUACCCAAAGCACUGAAGAAGCCAGCAAGUCACAAAUGACAGCUGAAAAGUGAAACAUUAUCAAAAGCUGUAUGAGACUCUGUCAAAGAGAAACUUUAUAUAGGAAUUCUCCUUCUGAGCCUGUGAAGCUGUGCAUCCCCAUCAGUCCCAAAGAACAGAGAGAAGUUAUGUUCAAGUAACCAACACCAAAACUUGCACAAAUCAAUACAUAUAUUAGAGUAUCUACACACAGUGAUCUCCAGCAUUUAGAAAUCUCCAUUCAGAAUGGAUGAUAGAUACAGAGACACAAACCGCUAUCAAGGGGACAGGGAGGCAAACCAAAUCUCAGAUGAUUACAGGUACCAGCAUGGUAACUAUGAAGGGUAUGCACCCAAUGAUGGCUACUACCGUGGUGGGGAUGAAGCCACUCAUGAGGAAGAUGCCCAGAGUGAUGUUACAGAAGGCCAUGAUGAAGAUGAUGAGGUCUACGAGGGGGAGUACCAAGGUAUUCCACACCCAGAUGACAUUAAAGAAAAGCAGAAGAAACGAGCUCCUGCCGUGGCUGAUGAGUACAGAGACCGUGAUGACCUUAUGGCAGAGAGGAUGGAGGAUGAGGAGCAACUUGCCCACCAGUAUGAGAACAUCAUUGAGGAGUGUGGCCACGGACGCUUUCAGUGGACCCUCUUCUUUGUUUUAGGGUUGGCACUGAUGGCAGACGGGGUGGAGGUGUUUGUGGUUGGAUUUGUUCUUCCCAGUGCUGAGAAGGAUAUGUGCUUAUCCAGUUCAAACAAAGGGAUGCUAGGCUUGAUAGUCUACUUAGGAAUGAUGGUGGGGGCUGUUAUGCUGGGUGGCCUCGCUGAUAAACUGGGAAGAAAGAAAUGCCUCAUCAUAUCACUUGCAAUCAAUGCUGCCUUUGCAUUCCUCUCCUCCUUCGUCCAGGGAUACGGAUUCUUUCUCUUCUGCCGCCUUAUCUCAGGCCUCGGUAUUGGGGGAUCCCUCCCCAUUGUGUUUGCCUAUUUCUCUGAAUUCCUAUCUCGUGAGAAGAGGGGGGAACACCUGAGCUGGCUCUGCAUGUUCUGGAUGAUUGGUGGCAUUUUUGCUUCAGCAAUGGCUUGGAGCAUCAUCCCACAUUACGGCUGGGGGUUCAGUAUGGGAACCAAGUACCACUUCCACAGCUGGAGAGUCUUUGUACUUGUCUGCGCUCUGCCCUGUAUUGCCUCCCUGGUGGCACUGAAGUUCAUGCCUGAAAGCCCACGUUUUUUGCUGGAGAUAGGUAAACAUGAUGAAGCCUGGAUGAUCCUCAAGCAAGUUCAUGACACCAACAUGCGGGCCAAGGGUGAGCCAGAGAAGGUGUUUACGGUUUCCUAUAUCAAAACUCCAAAACAAGUAGAUGAAUUUAUUGAAAUCCAGAGCUCAACAGGCACCUGGUACCAGCGGUGGCUGGUCAGAAUCACAACUACUUUCAAACAGGUCUGGGACAACGUGCUAUAUUGUUUAACAGCCCAGUACAGGAUGAACACACUGAUGCUGGCUGUGGUUUGGUUUACAAUGGCCUUAAGUUACUAUGGCCUUAUUGUCUGGUUCCCUGAUAUGAUCCGGUAUCUCCAAGAAGAGGCAUAUGAAUCCCGAGUGAAGAUCUUUGAUGAGGAAGAAGUGUCACACUUUACUUUUAAUUUCACCCUGGAAAACCAGAUCCAUAGAAAUGGGGAAUACAGACAUGACAAGUUUAUUGGCAUGAAAUUCAAGGAAGUGAGAUUUGAGGAUUCAUUAUUUGAGGAAUGCUACUUUGAAGAUGUGACAUCUAGCGAGACCUUCUUCGAAAACUGCACCAUCAUCUCUACUGUCUUUUAUAAUACCGAUCUCUAUGAACACAAGUUCAUCAACUGUAGGCUCAUAAACAACACGUUUCUGAAGGAAAAGGAAGGCUGCCACCUGGACUUCGAGGAGGACAAUGACUUCUUGAUCUACCUGGUCAGCUUCCUGGGCAGCCUGUCUGUGCUGCCGGGCAACAUCAUCUCUGCAUUACUCAUGGAUAAAAUAGGGAGGAUAAAGAUGAUCGGUGGCUCAAUGUUGAUCUCGGCAGUGUGCUGCUUCUUUCUCUUUUUUGGCAACAGCGAGUCGGCAAUGAUUGGCUGGCAGUGCCUCUUCUGCGGGGCCAGCAUUGCCGCCUGGAAUGCCCUGGAUGUGAUCACUGUGGAGCUCUACCCUACUGACAAAAGGGCAACAGCCUUUGGCAUCCUCAACGGGCUUUGCAAGUUUGGGGCCAUCCUGGGGAACUCAAUCUUUGCCUCUUUUGUAGGUAUAACCAAGGUGGUUCCCAUCCUUCUGGCUUCCUCUGCUCUGGUUGGGGGUGGCCUGCUCGCUUUACGCCUGCCAGAGACUCGAGAACAGGUCCUGAUGUGAGCAACUGAGGCCAGGGGGUCAGGGGGGCAGAUGUCAAAGAAGAAGAAAAAAGAGACAUGUUUGAAAAAUCAAAAAUUCCAUUUCUAUACUAUUCUGUUGAUACCUCAAAGAGAGAGGACAGAGGGAAAGGAGAGCUCAAAGGGAUAAAAAUGAAACCCUUAGUUUCUGACCCUUUUACAGCCAUGACUGGUGCAUGCAGCUACCACACACCCCUUGCAAGAGCUUGGGUUUAACCUUGCCUACACUGGGAGUCUACCCUUUCUCGCUCCAUCCCAGUGUAAUGACACAGGACGCGAACAGAGGCUUUGUGCAUGCGUGUGCCUGCAUGGAUGUGAGCGUGUCUGACAGGAGGACAGAUCCUGACCCCCUUAGGCCUUUGCCGAGCUGUGAGAUGCUCCCUGCCUUGCCCAGCGCUCCUUGGCAAUUCGUAUCAGCUGUGCUCAGACACGAGGGCCACCUGGAGGGGAGGCAGGUAACGAGCCUACUGUAGGUGAGCUCCAGCAGUAGGGACAAGAGCUACAAAUGUGACUAGUGACCCUAGCUGUUUUGAUUUUGGGGUUACCACCAGAACUGCCUGCAAGAGUGAGAAAGUCCUGAUUUCUGGAGCAUAUGAGGGUAGGUGAUCGGCGCUCUCAGAAGAAUCGGGGUCUCAAAGCCCUUUACUGUCUUUACAUGGGCAUAGAGAAUCACUAGGCACCUUCUUGGUCUGGGAGAGAAAUAUAUACAUAAUUUUAUAUAUAUAUAUGUAUUUACACAUACUUGCAAACGUACAUACACACAUUGAAGUGAUUCGCUAUUGAAAUUUGUAAUUUUGAAUUUCUGCACCCUUAAGAAGGUCUUAAGAGAGACACUAUAAAACUAAUCCCACUAAUUCAAGAUUAUCUGGAGUCAUGACCAACUUAGUGGCACUACAUUCUUUAUAACCAGACACAAAAUAUUUAAUUGUAUUGUUGGCUGGGAAUAUAUAUUUCUAUGAUGAUUAAGAUUUCUUUUCCUACAACUUUCACAGAGGAGAAAUUGAUACGGUGUUGGAGCAUUCCACAAACCAAAUGUGUACAUAUUAUCCAGUGUAAAUAGGGGAAUUUUUGUCUAAUACUUAGAGUAUGGUAACUGUGAAUUUACCAGCAUUCUAGCCAUAUUAUUUAAAGAAUAUGAUGCUUGGUUUUCUAAUAUACUUGGGUCUCAUUGAAACACUGUAAGCACAGUUACUUAAAGCCAUUCAACUCGUUAUACAGGGGAUGCACGCAGCAAGCUUUCGCUGUACAGAACGUUAAAUUCUCCAUUAAGUAGCACAGUUAAGUUUGAUAUCCUGUAAAGACCAUUUUAUCAUAUGGCUUAAGUCCUGUUGCAUCUAGAAGCAAAGUGAGUUGUGUAAUUUUGAAUAUAUUUUCUCGGGAAGCAAGAAUGAAAUGUAUACUGUUAAAUUAACACACCAGUGCUCACAAUUGACUAGAUAACACUAAUUAGACCCUUUCAACAAGCUCAGUAAUAGACCAGUGCUGAUCAGAAACUGUCACAUAAUUCAGGGAACUUGUCUCACCGGGAUAUUUUGUGACAAAAAAUUCUUUUGUACUUUGGAUCCUUUUUUUUUUCGCUUUUUAAGAAAAACAUGCAGGGCUGGGCUGAAGUCCAACAGGACUGAAGUCUAAUACCUCUGCCUUCACCUGCACAGAGACAGUCAAAUACACUAAGAGCUGACACCGGGGCCAGCCCCACGCGACUGUGGGAGUCAGUGUUGGUGCUGCUGCAGAGGACAGAUGAAAGACAGAGUGUGGUUAGAUCGCAAAAAGCAAAUCCUUGCUGAUGAGGCAAAACACUCUAAUAGGCAUCAUCUUUAUCAUUGUGUCAAUCAGGGAUAAACAUGGAACAGCUAGGCUACAAUAGGCUCUUUGGGGUUUUUAAGAUUUAUUCUGAGGUUUAUGAAAUUGAUAAAAUCACAAGCUGUUGUAAUAACUGAGCUUAUUAUGCCUCAUUUCUUCAUUUUAUAGGUAGCUUAGGGCUUUUUUUUUGAUUUGUCUUCAAAACAGCAAGGUUCCUUCUCUAAGGUAUGAGUGAAUGUAAUUAUGUCCUUUGGCAGUGGUUCACAGCUUCUGUUGAGAAUCACAGCCCAGAAUGUGUUUCUUUUUUCCCUGAGAAUGUCUGGUCCCUUUGCAUGGUGAGAAGCCGCUAAAUAUGUAUUUCAACACAAAAGAUCACCAUGAUCUUUAUGUUUCAUCCAUUUUGCUGGUCUGUGCAUGCCAAUUACUACAUUGCAGUUGAGGGAAAAAAAAAACUGUUUCAAUUUCUGGACUACUCUCUUGUGCUGCUUUGUGGAGCCAGAACUUAUCUCUAAUUUAUGAAGCACUUUUAUUUACCUGUCAUUCAGUGGUCUAACAGAAAACCUGACUAUUUGUGUUCUCCAUUGGCAAUGUACAAAGACACUAAUGACAUAAUUUAUUUUGCAAAACUACUCUAUUAAUUUUCAGAGACAGAAGAAAUUGAUGUCUUCAGGAGAUAGAAAAGUCAAGGUAAUAUUAGGAAAUAUUAUCCAAUUUUAGAAACUUUUCUUCUUUACAGAAUGGUUCUUUCACAGGCUGCUAAACCUCACCUUCAAGAGAUUAGCUGGGACAAGAUACAGAGCAAUAGGAUCUUCUUGUCACAGUCACCCAGACUGCCCAUGUGACUGUAAAAACUCUUUGCAUCCCUAAAAUGCAUGGUUCAGUCACCUGAGGUCUAGGAGACGAUGCAUGUGUGUCGUGACAAGGCUCCUAUCCCUGACUUGACCAGGGGGUUCAUGACCUAAUAGGACAGGGCAAACACUCACUGCAGCUGGUAUACAGGGGCCUGGGAAAAGACCACAAUGAGCAGAGAAGACAGAAAAGAAAAGCUAAGGGGAAACUGUAUCGCCUAGCCUUAGACACCUACCAGCUAGAUGUCUGGAUCUGAACUCAUCGCCCUGGGUUCCCAUUAUUCUCAGUUGAAGGGCACAGGCAAUAUAUGUGACCACACCCAGGCACUUGCCCUGGAUAGCCCUGCUCCUCUUCUUCCCUAACAGAGAAAUCCAGGGUAAUGGCUUCAGCUCAGGCAUUUGCCUUUGUGACACCUGGGCUGAUGUCUCCCAUCCAACUUCAGUGUGAGCAAGGCUUAGUCAAUACUCCUGAUGUGUUUGUUUAUUGUCCUUGUCAUGGUGUAAAACAGCGUAGGCUUCACACUGCUGCUCUCCAGAGCAAAAUGGCUGAUGGGUGCAGUUCCACCAACCCCCCUCAGCACUGGCUGUGUUUUGGUUUGGGUCGCAGUUUCAAGCCAUGGGCUACCUGCUAGGAUGAGCCCAAGCCACAGAGCCUUGGAGCACCAUGCAGGGGGAGAUUUCUCAUCAGGCACCUCCUCUGAUGGCUCAGCUUUAUUUCUACUGUAAAAGCAGCAUUACACCUGCAGUGCAAGGGCCAGCAUGCCUCUUCCAGUGGUUCCCCGGCUUACAUUUGCUGCAUUGAAGUCUCCUUGUCUUGAGUUUUGAUACACUGGAUCAUCCACAGAGAAGAGGAGAACUGCUGACCACCAGUCCACUGAUGAUCCCUGCAGAGCACUAUUUCCUUGGAUUCAUGAACUUUACUGCAACAGGGGCACAGAGGACCAAGACAGGGGACUUGCCUUAAAUCCCAAAGACCUCUUCUAGGGGGCAGCUGGACCUCUUCAUGCAUGCGUGGCACACCAGUCCAGCCACUUAGCCAGGGACUUUGUGGCAUGGGAAUGGUGGUUCUAGGGAACUGGCCUGCUGUGACUUACUGUCUUUGUCUGGACAACAAUAUAAUGCGGGUCACAGGAGGAGUUCAUUACUGAGCUUCUGAGAAUGCAGAAACAGACAUUCAGAGCACUUUUGAUUAUAAUUACAACAGACGAGUGGUAUUAUGAGAAGAGUUCUGCCUCCUUAUAUUCCCUGUUGAUUUAACUAGCUGUCGUACGCCUAUUCUUUUACUUCAGUUGUUCAGGACAGCUCCUGUCACUACCUUUGGCUUUGCUACAUCCUGCUGUGGUGGCUGCAGCUUGGGGCUGGAUGGAACAAUCCCUUCCUUGCCCAUAUGAUACUCAUCCCCUUGAAAUGCUAUGUGACUUACAAACAGUGGUGGAUGGAUCUUUUGGACUAAGGAAAGGGUCACUUUUGGAAAAACUAUAUCCAGAGCCAGAUGUUCCCCACACAGUGGAGCAGGCAGCCCAAUGUCCUUCAGUGAUGCUGAGAGGUCCACUAAGGGAUAUUCCCUGAGCCUGGGAGCAGUGCAGCUCCAAGGGUGGGUUUACACAGGGGUGCAGAACGAGGUUGCAUGGAGUUGAGCUUUCUGCAGAUGUGCAGGUCUCUUCCACAUCCUGCUUUGAGACCUCCAACAACAGAGUAUACUCUGAUACUAAUAAGGAGGCCCUUAUGUUCCCUGCUUAUGUCCUUUGACUUUCCAAAGGACACACAAAACUGGACAGGAUAUUUUUAGUUUUAUGUAGAUUUGAGCCCCAUAUAUUAUAUUUUCAUGAAGUUUCUCCCUCAGUUUCUCACCCUUGUAUUAGCAAAUGCUGCUUUUAGGAAGAAUCAAGCCUGAGAAUUGUGAAGGAAACAAAAUGAAAGAAAUUUCUUUGCUAUAUGUGAUGCUAGUGCUGUAUAAAUGUACACACACUGAAAGUUCCACUGUAAAUAACACCCAGUGUUGUGCAUUUAAUGAAAUGUUUCAUUUAGAUGUUCUGUCAACUCUGUGUGUAAUAGUCAAUUCCAGUCCCUUGGUUCCUUUUCUUCAUUUGAAACCUUUCUUCUUUUAUUUUUUUUUAUUUGAUCUAUGGUUGUCACUGAAAAUUACAGCUGUUCCAAUGGACUUUGUUUUUGUUCCUUCUGUCACAUUAAAAAGCUGGAAGAAAAAGAA